AUGGAUAAACUGAAAUGGGCCAGCAUAGGACUCGCUAUACUGAUUUUGCUUACAAUUAUAUUUAGUGUGUUUUUGGCAAUAUUCUAUGUCUUUUAUUUGCUUUCUUAUGCCUUGACGACUCCUGGAUCGAUUCUGAUGUUUUUUGUAUCGCUUUAUUUGUUUUUGCAUUUGAUUAUCAGAGUUUUGGUUUUUCCUGGAUCAUUUAAACUUUGGAAGCGGUCUGUGGAAAACUCCUUAUGUAGAGAAGCAGCUGGACAUAUGCUCAGACGAGUACAAGAUUUGCAUUCUGCACUUGAUUUGUUUGCCUCUAAUAAUUCAAUGUCUUUCAUUCAAAAUAUUGCGAUGGAAUCUACCUCUCAAUGCAAACGCUUAACUGAGACAUUUAUCGAAAUCUACAAGAAGAAAGAAGCUGAAGGAGAGCUAACCCCAUACCAAUCUUCUAUGAUGAAUGAGCUUGAAUCUUUUAAAAAAGCGCUUUCUGAUGCAGUAAUAAUUUCGGGAUCUCGAGUGAAAUUAAACUUAUGAGACUGAAUGGACUACGAAAAUGACUUGAGAAACGUCAUUUUUGAAGAUUCACCAGCGAAUCAAAAAUACAUCAGAGCGCUCGAAAAAUGUGUGAGCAUAGAAAACAGGCUGCUGGAUUCAUGCAAAGAAUUGCCAUGUUGCUCAGGCAUGAGCAGAUGAUUCAGAGAUACAACUUUUGGAACUGCAGAAAUUCUUAGAUCAGAACUAGAGUUGAAUUUUUUCUCUGAGCAGAUAUGGUUAAGGGCUAGUGAUGGGGUACAAAUAGAUUGCUUAUGGCUUAUGAAAAAUAAUCAACCUGGAGACGAGCCGACGAUGAUAUAUUGUAACCCUAAUGGUGGGAUGUAUGAGUUUUCGCUAUAUCAAACUGAUUGGAUUGAAUUCUACCUAAACCAAGGAAUUAACUUGUUUCUAUGAAAUUAUCGAGGGUAUGGAAGAACCAAAGGAACUCCCAGCCCAUCAAAUUCAAAAAGAGACGGAGAAAUAAUUGUGGAUUAUUUGAGGAGAAUAAGAAAAGUUAUUAGACUAGGAGUUCAUGGCGAGAGCCUAGGAGGGAUGAUUGCGGCACAUAUUGCAAGCCAUUGCAAGGUUGAUUUUUUAUUUGCUGACAGGACAUUCUCAGCUUUGAAAAAUGUAGCAAAAUACAGCUAUGGAAAUUUUUUGAGUUCGCUAUUCCAAGUUUCUACAUGCUGGAAGGAUGAUUCUGCUACUGACUUUUUGGAAUCAGACUGCUAUAAGGUUUUGUCAGCAGACCCUCAAGACAAUGUUAUAAUAGAACUGGCAUCAUUAAAAUGCGGAGUUGCAAAAAGAAUUAUUGAAAUUGAUCAAUUUGACGGAAAAUCACUUGACAUGGAGAAGAACACUUAUAUUCUUUCUCCUGAAGAGCUGGGAAUUAUGGCAAAUAAUAUUACAAAGCUUAUGUAUUUAAUUGAAGAGUCUACUAAAAAAGACAAAGACUCGAAUUCAGGGGCUUCGAUUGAUUUAACUUCAAACAGCAUUUAUCAUUUGGUUGGAAAAGAUGCAGAGCAUGAUGAUGAGCUGAUUUGUUCAAUUCUAUAUAAAGUUUUAUUCGCUAUUGAUUUGAUAGAUGCAGGCGGAAAACCCCUUAGCUCAAUCAGUGUAGAUAUUAAUAAAAAGAUCUCACUUAACAUGUGACUGAUCGUUUUGGAUGUUUGGGGAAGUCUUCUUCCUUUGUCUAAUGAUAGCUUGGGAGGAACAAGAGAAAAAUCAAUACAAAAAUUAAACAAUAGCAUCAGUGAGAUCCAAAAUAUAUUAAAUGAGUAUGGACAUUUGUCCAACCCAAAAGUGAUCGAGAUUUGUGACUUGAUAAGGUCUCUUGACCAACUUAUGCAAAAAAUCAAGAACCAUUUAGAAAGCAAUGGAAAUAGAGGAAAAGAGUCCAUUCAGUCUCCUACAGUAAGUGAAGCAAGCACGUUGACUACGAGAAGUUUGGUUGAUAGCCUUCGAGUAGGCUUUUUAAUUUCGUUAGAAUGUGGACAUAGUGGUCAUAUGAAUACUUUAGAAAGAGCAAUGCUGCUAACUCACCUAACCAAAGCUGGAUUUUUAGGAUAA